AUGCUUCUAAGCACUCCAAGUGAAAAGGAUUUGUCACGUCAAAAUUAUAAUCGAACGUCGGCGAAUCAAAUAUGGAUAUUCUGGUCUUGGGAGGCGCCCAUAAACCAUCCAGAAUACACACAACGUGGGCUCAAUUUUAACUGGACAAUGACAUAUCGUCGUGAUUCUGAUAUUUGGCAUGCUUAUGCACUAAAAUUAGGCACAUAUUAUCCUAUUGAUCAAUAUGGUUUAUGUACGGAAAAGAGAAGGUUAUCUAAAGAAGAAUUUGAAAAAAUUUUAUUUAAUUACAAAUUUUAUUUAGCUUUUGAAAACUCUUAUUGUCUUGAUUAUAUCACCGAAAAAGUAUUUUACAACGCACUAGUUCAUGGUGGUAUCCCAAUUGUGAUGGGUGCAAGCGAAAGCAAUUAUGAUGAAUUACUGCCAAAAUCAUCUUUCAUGUAUAUUAGUCAUUCUUCAAAUUUUACAGAAUUUGGUUCCGAACUAGUGAGGAUAGGUAGCGAUAUUGAUAGAUAUAAAACAUAUCACGAGUGGCGUACAGAGUAUCGAGUUCUUACAUGGCCCGAUGGAUAUUAUUUAGAUGCUAAAUUUUGUGACCUAUGUACUAAACUACAACAAAAAACUUUUCAGUCUAAAACAUAUACUAACUUUUCAGAUUGGUUAAAUAAAUGUCAGGAACCAAGCAUGAGCGAGUCCGAAGUGGAAAAUUUUUUAGCAGAUUUGGACUCGAACAGAAGACUUUUUUGA